UGGUGCGAGGUAUGUAUGACGCGAGGAUACGGGAAAUGUAAUCCAAAGCUGGAGGUGGACUAUGGCGAAAGAGGGAACGCGCUCCAAGCAAAGGCUUGUUCUUUUUAUGCACCUUGUCAAUGUCACGCUGCAUUGUUCCCGAAAAAAAAAUUGCAUACAAUGAAUGCAAAAAGGGAAGAAAGAAAGACAGGAUAAUGAAAUGCAGAAAGAGUUUCCAUAUUAUGACCGAUGUAAGGAUAUCUUUCUUCCAAACAGAACCACCACCCCGACGAUAUUACCACCACCAGCCCCUCGCCUUUUUGGCAACACCGAGACCGCCGUUUCUGGUCCAGAAUCAAGCACACCUCAUCCAUCCACAUCUUACGAAACAGACAUACCCACUAUGGAUCACCGCGAUACUGUAUCACCUGAACCGAGUUCUUCAUCUCUACUGCCUUCGUUACCCAAUCCUUCAACGACGACCGUCAACACUUUCAAGAAACGCAGAAUAAGUCAGGGAAAUGGAAACUCGAGUAUGCCGGUUGAAGAAACAAAACUACGUGUACUGGAAAUGGAACUGGAAGUGAAAAAGAUGGAGCAUGAAGAAAGAAUGCAAGAGAUGAAGUUGGAACAACUGCGCUUGGAGAUUGAAAUGCAGAAACUGAAGCAAGCACGUCAGACAACGACCGAUUUCAACGUAACAAAACCUCACACUUAGAAAAUCAAGCGAUUUAAAAAAGAACCCAAACCCUUCACACAAUCAGUUUUCCCUUUUUUUUUAUCGGUUUAGCAAUGUAUUAAAGCACCAUUGA